AUGGAAGGGUCCGUCCGACUCCUGGCCUGCUUGGUGUGCAUCCUCCCGAUGGGAUCAUUUGUGAGAACUAAGAGAGAUACCACCGGGAACUUGCUCAACACAGACGUGCACAGUGCCCCGACGCAGCGCUGGUCCAUGCAGCUGCCGGCCGAGGUGAGCGCGGCGGCGGGCGAGGCGGCCGUGCUGCCCUGCACCUUCACGCACCCGCACCGCCACUACGACGGGCCGCUGACGGCCAUCUGGCGCGCGGGCGAGCCCUUCGCGGGCCCGCAGGUGUUCCGCUGCGCGGCGGCGCGGGGCAGCGAGCUCUGCCAGACAGCGCUCAGCCUGCACGGCCGCUUCCGCCUGCUGGGCAACCCGCGCCGCAACGACCUCUCGCUGCGCGUGGAGCGCCUCGCCCUGGCCGACGACGGCCGCUACUUCUGCCGCGUGGAGUUCGCGGGCGACAUCCACGACCGCUACGAGAGCCGCCACGGCGUCCGGCUGCACGUGACCGCUGCCCCGCGGAUCAUCAAUAUAUCGGUGCUGCCGGGCCCGACGCACGCCUUCCGCGCCCUCUGCACCGCCGAGGGGGAGCCGCCGCCCGCCCUCACCUGGUCCGGCCCGGCCCUGGGCAACCGCUCCGCCGCCGCGCCGGGCCCGGGGCAGGGUGUUGGCCACCAGGUGACCGCCGAGCUGCCAGCGCUGGCCCAAGACGGUCGCUACACGUGCACGGCCUCCAACAGCCUGGGCCGCGCCGAGGCCAGCGUCUACUUGUUCCGUUUCCACGGCGCCUCCGGGGCCUCCACCAUCGCCCUCCUGCUCGGCGCGCUCGGCCUCAAGGCGCUGCUGCUGCUGGGCGCGCUGGCCGCCUGCACCAGCCGCCGCCGCCGCCUCGAGGAUCCAGUCAGUCAGGACACCGCACCACGGCCUCAGGCUCAAGAGUCCAAUUAUGAGAAUUUGAGCCAGAGGAGCCCACGGAGUCCACCCACAGCCACAUGUCCACCACGGGGAGCCUCUCAGACACAGGCAUCCACUUGUGCACCAUGA